UGGAGCUCUUGCUAUAGCCGGUAUAUGAACGUGGGGUAUUUUUCUUUAUGCUUUACUGCAUGAGUUCUCUACCACAAGCACGCCUUGCUCCUUCAGUUGGAGAAGAUAUUGGAAAAGGCUCCCUGCUUCCAUCCUGCCCCUGGAUCUGCUGGGCUGCUGGCUCUGCUUCUGAGCGGCCUGCCCAGCCUUGCUCUGUCCUGUCUAUAGGGAACAUCUGGUGCCUGAUCUUACAGGGCCAGCUGGAGGAGGCUGCGUACCAGCUGGAGUUCUUGAAGGCGGUACAACAGUCCCUUGGGAAAUCUGAGGUGCUGUUUUUCCUGCAAGCCCUUGUAGCAUCUAAGAAGCAAAAUGGAGAGCAGGAGGCCACAGAGCUCCUGAAAGAGGCUGUGGAGCUGCACUUCUCCAGCAUGCAAGGCCUGCCCCUGGGUCCUGAGUACUUUGAGAAGUUGGACCCUCUCUUUCUGGUCUGCAUUGCCAAGGAGUAUCUGCAUUUCUGUCCUAAGCAG